AUGUCUGAGGAACAGAGAAAAGCGGUUGCUGCGAUUAUUAUUGCUACAACUUUACUUCCGACAAACUUUUGCAAACCUAAGGUUACGCGUAGAAUUUGGGUGAAGGAGUGGAUGAAAAACCGCAAAUACCUGCGAAUGAGCCCAGACAUAUAUGAGCUUUUACUUGAGAAAGUCAGAAGUAAAUUAACGAAGAAGACAACGCAUUUACGGAAACCUUUGGAGCCGGAGUUGAAGCUGACAAUAACUCUGCGCUUUCUCGCUACUGGGGAGAAUUUUACUAGCUUACAUCAUCACUAUUCUGUUGGUAUUUCAACCAUUGCCACAUUUAUUCCUCAGGUUUGUCAAGCAUUAUAUGAUACACUAAAAGAUGAUUUCCUCAAGUUCCUCGAAAACAAAGACGACUGGCUUGAAAUUGCAUCUGAAUUCGAAACGAUGUGGCAAUUUCCAAAUUGCAUUGGGGCAAUGGAUGGAAAACAUAUUGCUCUGUACCAUCCUAAGCUUAGCGGUUCAACAUACUACAACUACAAAGGUUUUUUCAGUUUAGUUUUACUAGGUAUCAUUGAUGCGCGUUAUCGAUUUAUUUUUGUCGAUAUCGGCUGCCAGGGACGUCUGAGCGAUGGUGGAGUUUUCAGGCGGUGUGAAUUUUUCAGAGGAUUAUCUACAAACAGCAUAGAUUUACCAGAAAGGAGAAAACUGCCAAACAUAUCUGGAAUUGAUGAUUCCUUCCUUAACCCUGAGUGUGACCAGCCACUCUUGCCAUACGUUCUAAAAGGACUUACUGAGUCAAAGCGCAUAUUCAACUAUCGUUUAUCACGUGCAAGAAGAACAAGUGAAAACGCUUUUGGAAUACUUGUAAAUCGGUUUCGCUGCCUCACUGCAAAAUUAAAUGUUUUGCCCGAAUCUGCUGUAAAAGUAACGUUAGCUACUUGUGCGCUACAUAAUAUGCUGUGUACUAUGUCUAUGCAAACGUAUACAAAUGCGGAGGGACCGGAAAUCAAAGAUAAUAUUUUUAACAACCUAUCAAGUCUGUCCCCGAUGGAAGGAACAAAAUCAAGAAACUUUAGGACACGCGCAGAAAAUAUUCGAAAUUCUUUCAGUGAUUAUUUUCAAGGUAUAGGUCAGGUGCAUUGGCAAUGGAAUCAAGUAUACGGACAAUAG